UGGGUGUGGUGUGAUGGCAACAUGAUGUUGACGACGGACUGGUGCAAGGAGCCAUAGGAAAGUCAGGAAGGAAUGAAAAGUGUCAAAGGUAUUUGGGAUUGGGCCUCGGUGACUGUUGUCACAAGAGAUAAGCUGUCUUGAAUGAUUAUUUUACAGUCGAUUUUUGAGAACUUGCUGAUAAGGAGCGAAAACAUUCUUAAUUCUCGUGAUCAACCGGAAUAGAAACAGCGCCAGCCACGACAAACAAGAGACUAUCAGCCACACCUGCUGCGAGUUCCGGGUGGUCCACCGGACCAAUCAAAGUUGUCCGCCAGCAGGUAGGUGUGAUUAUAAAAGGCUGACACACACCUGUCAGGUACCUGGAGCUGCUGUGACUGUCACUGUGAAGGUGUCUAUCUACAAGUAGAGGAAGGAAAUGGUUCUGUGCAGACAGCUGUCCACCCUGCUGUGUGCGGCGGUCCUCGUCUGCAUCCUGAAGCCGAGUGACAGUCAGAUAGGAGCAGCGUGCCUUCCUACUACAGAGUGUAGUGCCAUACCCAACAGCGAAUGUCUUAACGGUGCUUGUGAGUGUAAACAAGGCUACUAUGCUGACCAUGGAAGCGACUGUCGUCCUAAAAAAGGUUUGACAGAUCCGUGCACUAACAACGAUGAGUGUCAGGACUCCAGUCAUUGCGACGGUGGUCACUGUGUCGCUAUCACCACGACUGUUGGCACCACGACUGUUGGCACCACGAUUGUGAACACCGCAGGCACAAACAACAACAGCCACAACAACACCUCCAAUGGCGCACAAUCCUCUGUUUUCACAGGAGACAAACUUCUGAUGAUUUCAAUGUUCCUGCUGUACCUGCUGGUGAACCGGAACUGAGCUACAGUCUGAACAUUGAAACUGUGGCUGAUACUUCACUCGAUUACUUCUCAUUAAUUUCUUUAAUCAUGACAUCUUAUUUGGAUAAUUAAUAUGAUACUCAUGAGAUUUUUGUUUUCCUUUUAGACAGCCCAAUCCUUCAAUCAAGAACAUUUUUUUGUAGUUUUCUCUACAAUCUGGACAUCUGUUUCAUGUAUUUUGUACGACUCCAAUCUUUCAAUAUCAACUUAUUCGUUGUGAUUAUGUGACAUUUUAUUUCUAUCCAUAACAUCUAUCUUAACUGUAGUUGGGGUACAGCAUGACACAAAGUAUUGUGGAUUGUACCACAACAUGACACUAAGACUGCUGGAGGUCAAGGGUCAUAAUUUUACUACUAAAUAAACUUCUUUCUAUUUCU